AUGGUGGUUGCCAGUGACUGGGGGAGUCGCUGGCGGGUAGCAGAGCCCUGCUGGAGGAAGCGGAUUCUGAUCCUCAGCCCAGCGGAGGCCCAGCUCCCGGAACGCCUGCAGUUCGUGCCUCAGCCUGCUCUCGUGCCGCAGCGGCUUCAGGAGGAUCUCAAGACCCCUGAGCCCGGGAGCACUGGAAGGGGUGGAGUGUGGGCAGAGGCGAAGCAGGAAACCCCAGGCCAGGCCUGCCUGAGCUGGGGGCACUGUGGAGGGGAGGGACAGAGCGACGCCCAGCUGGGUUGCCCGGCCCGCUUACCUGCACUGGCGACGCGUCGCGCGCCCGGCCCUCGGGAGGAGGCUAGCCUGGCCCGAAGGCCUUUGGAUUCCGGGACCGCCCCCUCCUGCUCCCUGGCUGGCGGCGACCGGCAGAGACGGCUGGAGCCGCAGCGGCAGGAUGAGAGUCGAUGCCACCCCUUUUCGCCUGCGGACGCGCGGCAAGCGGUGCCGGCUCAGCCUGUGCGCUCCAUGGGGAUGCCGUGGGGCCCCGCGGUCGGCGGGCGGCGCGGGCGGCGUAGAGGCCUGGGGCUACCACCGAGCGCUUUGGCGGUGGCGGCCGCCGGGUUGAUGUGCACCGCUCUGGUAGCCUACGCCUGCUGGGGACAGCUGCCGCCGCUACCUUGGGCGUCCCCGGCUCAGUUGCGGCCAGUGGGCGUGCUCCUUUGGUGGGAGCCCUUCGGGGGUCGCGGCCCCGCAUCAAGGCCGACACCUGACUGCCGGCUGCGCUUCAACAUCAGCGGCUGCCGCCUUCUUACCGACCGUUCGACCUAUGGAGAGGCUCAUGCCGUACUUUUCCACCACCGUGACCUCGUGAGAGGACCCCCCGACUGGCCCCCGCCCUGGGGCAUCCAGGUGCGCACAGCAGAGGAGCUGGAGCUGCGAGUAUUAGAUGACCUGGAAGAAGAAGCGGCGGCUGCCGCCGAAGCCCUGGCGAUCUCCAGCCCCAGGCCCCCGGGCCAGCGCUGGGUGUGGAUGAACUUCGAGUCGCCCUCCCACUCUCCGGGGCUUCGGAGCCUGGAAAGUAACCUCUUCAACUGGACGCUCUCUUACCGGGCUGACUCAGACAUCUUCGUGCCUUAUGGCUACCUGUAUCCCAGGAGCCACCCUAGGGACCAGCCGAUAGGUCAGGUACCGCCGCUGGCCCAAAAACGGGGGCUGGUGGCCUGGGUGGUGAGCAACUGGGACGAGCGACAGGCCAGGGUCCGCUACUACCACCAGCUGAGCCAGCAUGUGCGGGUGGAUGUGUUUGGCCAGGGAGGGCCAGGGCGGCCCGUGCCUGACAGCGGGCUUCUACACACUGUAGCCCGUUACAAGUUUUACCUGGCUUUUGAGAACUCGCAGCACCUGGAUUAUAUCACCGAGAAACUCUGGCGCAACGCGUUGCUGGCUGGGGCCGUGCCAGUGGUGCUAGGCCCAGAUCGUGCCAACUAUGAGCGCUUCGUGCCGCGAGGCGCCUUCAUCCAUGUAGACGACUUCCCUAGUGCCUCCUCACUAGCCACCUACCUGCUCUUUCUGGACCGAAACCUGGCAGUUUACCGCCGCUACUUCCACUGGCGCCGGAGGUACGCAGUACACAUCACCUCCUUCUGGGACGAGCCUUGGUGCCGGGCCUGCCAAGCUGUGCAGACUGCUGGGGACCAGCCCAAGAGCAUACGCAACCUGGCCAGCUGGUUUGAGCAGUGA